GAGGCGCGCCUCUCGCUGGGGGAGUUCGAGGCGGCGCUCGACACGUCCCUGGAGGAGUGGCGACGGCGGCAACUGAAGAGCGCCUGGCUGCACGUGCCCCUGCGGCUGGCGCCGCUGAUGGCCGCCGCGGCCGCGCGCGGCUUCGAGGUGCACCGCGGCAGGGGAGAAGUGGUGGUGCUGAAGCAGUGGCUCCGCCCGGACCUGGAAGACAAGGUGCCCCCGGGCGCGACGCACCAGGUGGGCGUCGCAGGCUUCGUGCUGAGCGAGGGUAACGAGCUGUUGCUCAUGAAGGAGGCUGCCCCCGCCCGCCGCGCCGCGCCGGCGCAGUGGAAGCUGCCGGGCGGGCUGCUGGAACCCGGGGAGAGCUUCGGCGAAGCCGCCUGCCGCGAGGUGUACGAGGAGGUCGGGAUCCGCUGCAGGUUCGCAUCCGUGCUCGCCUUCUGGCACCGCCACGGGCUGCCGUGGGGCCAGUCCGACCUCUAUGUGGUCUGCAGGCUGGAGCCGUUGACGCGGGAGCUCCGCCCAGAUCCCACGGAGGUCGCCGCAUGCUGCUGGAUGCCGGUGGAAGAGUUCUUGCGGACGCAGAGCCACCCGCUCAUCACACACGUGCUGCGAAACGUCUACGGGCUACGCCCGGGGGGGUCGCAGCCUUCAUCGCCACUGGUGCCUCUCGCAGAGCUGGCAGAGUCCGCGGUGCAGUGGCCAGGUCGGGACCCGUACCCUACGUACCACGCGGCGGUUGCAGCUGGCGCGGUUGCGACCUGA